CGAUAUCACGGCUCAACUCAUCCGAUCUUCAAGGAAUCAGCUGAAGUGUUCCCCAUAGACAGUGACGAGUUACCCACCGGUUAAUUACGCGUCAGAGCACCCGCUCUCCACCGGCAAGGAUUGUGUUACGCAACGGUACCCAGUAUUACCGGGUCAAUCUUCAUCUCCCCCCCUUUCGAUUGCCUUAUCAGUAACAGAAACUGGGUUCGAACCAACACUCAUGGGCUCCAGGCUAGCUGAAAAAAAGUUUGUCAGGCGCAGCAAGAUAACACUGUCGCUUUUUAUAUACCCACCACAGCCUGCCAUUCUCUCCCACUUACCUAAAGUUUGCUUGCGCAUCUUUAUUUUCAUUUUCGCUUUUUGACUCGUGGUAGGCCAACGUCGCAUUCGUUUUAUAAAGUCACUCGUUCUUUUGUUGCGACCUGCUACGACUUUCACUCGUUUUUUUUUUAAUAAUAAUCCAAUUUUUCUUACUUUCCCCACUAUGUAUUAUUCCGCGUGGUCCAAGAUCGCCCUUGCGGGUCUUUUUGCUUCAGCCGCUGCUCAGACCUACAGCGAGUGCAACCCUAUGAAGAAGACAUGCGAUCCCAACAAAGGUCUUGCUUCUUCAUCAUACUCGGUCGACUUCACGAAAGGCGCUGAUGACGACAAUUGGGAGGGAACCGGCCAUGGCACUGUCAAGUAUACUUCUGAUGGUGCUGAGUUCACUGUCGCUAAGCAGGGUGAUUCACCUACUAUUCAGAGCAAGUGGUACAUGUUUUUCGGCCGCAUGGAGGUUCACUUGAAGGCUGCGCCCGGAACUGGUAUCGUUUCAUCUGUCGUUCUUCUCUCUGAUGUUCUCGACGAGGUUGAUUGGGAGUGGCUUGGAGGUAAAGACGGAGACGUUCAGACCAAUUACUACGGCAAAGGCAACGACGCGGCCGAUACUCGAAGUGCUACUUUUCCCGUAACCAACGCACAGGAGGAGUUCCACAACUAUACCAUUCACUGGACCAAGGAUUCUUGCGAGUGGUACAUCAACGGCGUUGCGGUUCGCACCCUCAAGUAUGCUGAUGCUCUUGGAGGAGAGAACUAUCCUCAGACUCCUAUGCGCGUCAAGCUUGGUAUCUGGGCCGGUGGCGAUCCUGACAAUGCUGAGGGAACUAUCGAAUGGGCUGGUGGAGAGACUGAUUACAGUGGAGGUCCUUACACCAUGACUGUUCAGAAGAUUACGAUUGAGAACCUCAACCCUGCUGAGAGCUACACCUACAGCGAUGAAACAGGCUCAUACAAGAGCAUCGAGUUUGAUGAGAAGGACAGUGGCAGUGACGACGAUGAUGACUCCUCAUCAACCGCCUCCGAAACCGCCUCCAAGACUUCAUCCAAGGCUUCCUCCAAGACAUCCUCUGAGUCGACUUUCACCACCAAGACUACCACAGAGUCUGACUCCGAGUCCUCAACAACAGCAUCGUCCGACGAUUCUAGCGAGACUGAAAGUUCCGACUUCAAGAACAACAAGGCAGAGACAACUAGCGCUGGUGCAACUUCGUCCGAGAGCAGUGCUGCAGCUUCAGCUUCGGCUACUAAUGGUUCAACAAACAGCGCUGCUGGAAACUGGCCUAAAAUGUGGCUAGCCCUUGGAGCGACUCUUGCUGCUAUGGCCAUGAUGUAAACCUGAGACUUUAUCGUAUAUAGAGUGGCGAAACUGUGAGAUUUGGCUUGGAUAAGUCUUGUCGUAAUACAUACUUUGACUCUA